CCAGCUUCCCCAGCGGCUGCCGACCAUGUUAAUGAGUGCGGUGGUGCGGCUGUAAGAGACUGAUGAUACAGGGGAUACUGGUGUAUGAGGACCUGGAGAAAUACCACCGAGCUCCAGGUACAGCGGAGUCUUAACGCGACGCUAUCCGGUGGCACAGCGCGUGUCUGAGGGGUUCUAACGGAUAACGGUUAACAGACGGUUAACGGCUGCACCGUCUGCAGAACCCCCCGGUAGCUCUAGCCGCUCCGUGAGGUUACCUAGCUACCAGCUAGUGUCAUCACCGUGAGGUAACCUAGCUACCAGCUAGUGUCACCAUCGUGAGGUAAUCUAGCUACCAGCUACUGUCAUCCCCGUGAGGUAACCUAGCUACCAGCUAGUGUCAUCCCCGCUGCUAGUGUCAUCACCGUGAGGUACCCUAGCUACCAGCUAGUGUCAUCAACGCUGCUAGUGUCAUCACCGUGAGGUACCCUAGCUACCAGCUAGUGUCAUCACCGCUCCGAGAAGGACUUAAAGUUGCCGACAUGGACGAACAAAGUGUUGAGUUGGCCUCUGUCCAUGUGUGUCUCCAGAGUAUUGCAGAGGUAUUCCGCUGCUUCAUCUGCAUGGAGAAGCUGAGGGACGCCCGCCUCUGUCCCCACUGCUCCAAGCUCUGCUGCUUUAGCUGCAUACGGCGUUGGCUGACUGAACAAAGAGCCCAAUGCCCACACUGCAGGGCUCCGCUGCAGCUCAGGGAGCUGGUGAACUGCCGCUGGGCCGAGGAGGUGACCCAGCAGCUAGACACGCUCCAGCUCUGCAGCCUCUCCAAGCACGAGGAGAACGACAAGGACAAGUGCGAAAACCACCAUGAGAAGCUCAGUGUGUUCUGCUGGACCUGUAAGAAGUGCAUCUGCCACCAGUGUGCUCUUUGGGGAGGCAUGCACGGGGGCCACACCUUCAAGCCCCUGGUGGAGAUCUAUGAGCAGCAUGUGACCAAGGUCAACGAGGAGGUGGCCAAGCUGCGCCGCCGGCUCAUGGAGCUCAUCAGCCUGGUCCAGGAAGUGGAGAGGAACGUGGAGGCAGUGCGCGGGGCGAAGGACGAACGAGUGCGUGAGAUCCGCAACGCCGUGGAGAUGAUGAUCGCACGGCUCGACAACCAGCUAAAGAACAAGCUCAUCACCCUGAUGGGCCAGAAGACCUCGCUGACACAGGAGACUGAGUUGCUUGAGUCCCUCCUACAAGAAGUGGAACAUCAGCUCCACUCCUGCAGUAAGAGUGAGCUGAUUUCCAAAAGCCCAGAGAUCCUGCUCAUGUUUCAGCAGGUCCACCGGAAACCCAUGCAAUCCUUUGUCACCACGCCGGUCCCACCGGACUUCACCAGCGAGCUGGUCCCCGCCUACGACUCCAGCACCUUUGUUCUCGCCAACUUUAGCACCCUGAGGCAGAGGGCAGACCCUGUGUACAGCCCUCCCCUUCAGAUCUCUGGACUGUGCUGGAGGUUGAAAGUAUAUCCCGACGGGAACGGGGUGGUCCGUGGUAACUACGUGUCGGUCUUCCUGGAGCUGUCAGCUGGACUACCUGAAACAUCAAAGUAUGAAUACCGCGUGGAGAUGGUCCACCAGGCCUCCAGCGACCCCGCCAAGAACAUCAUCCGGGAGUUUGCCUCGGACUUUGAGGUGGGCGAGUGCUGGGGCUACAACCGCUUCUUCAGGCUGGACCUCCUGGCCAGCGAGGGCUACCUCAACAUGCAGACGGACGCCCUGGUUCUCCGGUACCAGGUCCGCUCGCCAACCUUCUUCCAGAAGUGCAGGGAUCAGUACUGGUACAUCAGCCAGCUGGAGUCUGCCCAGUCCAGCUACAUCCAGCAGAUAAACAACCUCAAAGAGCGCCUGGCCAUCGAGCUGUUCCGCAGGCAGACGUCGCGCAGCUCCUCGCCCCCCGACCAGAGGCCCGGGGGGGGCCGGCAGCCCUCAGAGAGGGAACCCCGCCUGGGGAAGACCGAGGACGUCUUCCAGGUGGUCUCCACCGACGCCAAGGAGCGCGAGCAGGACGAAAAGACCCAGCAGGAUGACUCCAACGAGCUGUCGGACGGGGACCUGGAGGUGGACUGCCUGACGGAGGAGGAGGUGAACCCCCUGGACGGCAGCAGCACGUCGGCCAGCUCCACUGCCACCAGCAACACGGAGGAGAACGACAUCGACGAGGAGACCAUGUCAGGGGAGAAUGAUGUGGAGUUUGGCAGCCAUUUGGACCCUGAAGAAGGAGAGCUCCCCGAGGAGCUGGCCGGCGCUACAGGCGGCUCCAACCCUGCGCUGUGCUCUCUGCACCGCGGCGGCCCGGCCUGCGGCACGGGCAGCAGCAGCAGCCUGCUGGAGAUCGACCCGGUCAUCCUGAUCCAGCUGCUGGACCUGAAGGAGCAGAGGAGCGUGGAGUCGCUGUGGGGGCUGCAGCCGCGGCCUCCCGUCUCCCUGCUGCACAACCAAGCCCACGCUCACCCCCAGUCCCACUCCAGGAAGGAGAGGGAGCGCCGGCCCCAGGCGGUGAGGCGCUCGGCCCCAGACUCCAGCGUGCUGAUCCGCCUGAAGGCCCAGAUGGCCGAGGUGCGCAGCAAGAUGUCCGACGUCAAGUCCCAGGUGCUGGAGCCACGGCCAGCCGGGUCGGCUGAGCCCCAGGCCGGCCUGUCGGGGGUCUUCGGCGGCACGGGGGACGAGGGCCCCCCGCAGCAGCCCGCCCUGGAGCUGGCCGUUGGGCACCACAGCCCCGGGAAGAUGGAGCAGCUGGGGAAGGGCUCCCACUCCCGGCACAGCCGACCUGCCAAGAAGUUUGUGUCGUCUGCGCCGGACGGCGGCGCCGCCCUGCUGCUGAGGAGGAGCGGCGAGGACAAAGACCCCCGGAACCGAGGUCUGAGUGGGGCCCCGUCGACCGCAGCCUCGCUGAGCCUCUGUCCCAGAGAGGGCUCCCCCGCAGCCGAUGUCAGCCUCCAGGCGGACAGCGGCCACAGCUCAGUGCCCUCCCUGAGCGGGGGCUCCCCUCUGGGGGGUUGCUCCCCUCUGGGGGGCUUCUCCCCUCUGGGGGGCUGCCCCCUGGACCCCGCCUCCAGCUCCAAACAGCAGACGGAGGAACGGAAGGCGCUGUACGCGGCCUCCGGAGCCGAGGCCGACCUGUGCUCCGUGGGAGGAGCCAACUCCACCAAGAGCUCCACGCGGGCCGUCGGGCCCAGCGUGCUGGAGUGCAGUGAGCCUGAAGGGAGUCCCCACCAGUCCCUGCUUGGCCUCCUGGAGGGGAACUCUUCCCACCUGCAUGAAGGCCACAAGCAGUCUCUGCACCUGCUGCCAGGGAUGAGCAGCGACAGCGAGAUAGAUUGUGACUCAGAGGACGAGGACGCAAACCUCUCCUACGACAUCCAGUCUCUGCCUUUUGCAGAGGAGCAACUGCUGCCCGAGGACCUGGCCUUCAGCGCCAGCCAGCCCACCGACAGGUGAUGGGGUCUGCCCCCCGGGCUGGGUCCAGUACCUCGCUCUGAUUGGCCAGAUGGCUGCAGAGAGCAGCAGAUGGAGGAGUACACGCGUGAAGUCUCCCGGAGAACUGAUGCGUCCACUUUGUACAAUCUUAUAGAGCAGCUCACCUGGAAUGUCUUUCAGGACGUUUAGUUUGAGUUCUCUACCGUGAGCACACAGACUCCUGGUCAACCAUGUAUUUAAUGCACUUUUUGAGUUUUUACACUGUUAAUUACUGACGGAAUAUGUGCUAUCCCUGUAUUUCUGCUCUCAAACUCAUGGGAAUGAAACUGAAAUCAAAGCUUGACCCCACAUCAAUAUUUCCACUAUAUCACCCCUUGUGUACACCAACCUUUACACCCGACUGCCGGUUUCACAAAGACGUAAAGUCGAUUUGUAGGCAGAGCUGUCCUCCUGUUUGCAGUCGUCUGGCCUGAGGUUGGGAAAAAGGUAAAUAUUGUAAAUAUUUGAAACCGACCGUCUAAUUCCGCCUUUAUCAGCAGCUCAUAGCGGCUGACUUGUUUCAGGCUAGUUCUCGUUGGGCGAGGCCCGCUUUUCUUUACACCUUGUGAACGAUGCUUCACCACUCAUUUUGUUUCGGUUUUAUUGAGUUGUUAUGCAGCGUCUCAGCAGCAGAUGUGUGGGAGAGAUUCCCAUCGCUGCCAUUUAGUCGUAUUUCACUUUCCUUGUUGGGUGGUUUUAUCAGUCCUCUCACUCCCCAUAACUAAAGUGUAUUUUCAUUUGGGACCAUUCUUAUGUAGCUCGUGUCUUAUGGUGCAUCACAAACAGCCGUGUCUUGUAGUGUAAGGAUUACUGGGUCGGAGAGGUUCUUGUUCACAAGGGACAUUGAGGUAGAUAAAAUGUCGGCAGUGCAUGCAUCUUGCAUGAAGGAAUACUCACUGGUUUACAUUUGAAAAAUCUUGAACGCUGUUAUAAUUACGUGUGUGUGUGUGUGUGUGUGUGUGUGUGUGUGUGUGUGUGUGUGUGUGUGUGUGUGUGUGUGUGUGUGUGUGUGUGUGUGUGUGUGUGUGUGUGUGUGUGUGGUGUGACCUAAUUUCCUUUAGGGAAUCUUCUGAGGCAAGUUAGAAACUGAGGAUGGCUUGUGUGAUAUAAAUGUGGGGGGUGUGAUUGUGGGUGUGAUUGUGUGGGUCUGUAUGACUUUGUAUCAUUCCUCACUCUAAAGAUCAAUCUCUUGCUAACUCAAUUCAGUCUUGUAAAUUACACAAAAACACACUUCUGUGUUAUGAGUUGUGUGUACUAUUUCUGUGCUAUAUCACAAGUUGUUCCUUCUAAUGCACAUUAUUGAUUUGUUUGUAUUUGUGUGUGGCAUCAGAUAAGUAGAAUAAAAUAUUUAAUUAGA